AUGCAGGAGCAGCAUAUGCAGCAGAUGAAAGGAGUUCUAGCAGAAAGAGAAGGGAAUAGUCCUCAUUUAAAAAUAUCACCAUAUCAAGAAACAGAGGAUAUCCAAGACUUCAUUGAAGCAUUCGAAGGUAUUAUGAAGAUACAAGGGGUGAAUCGGACAAAUUGGAUUCUACGUCUGACACCGUUACUAAGUGGCAAGGCUAGAACUGUUUGUACUGAUCUUGGAACUACUACUGAUUAUGAUGGAGUCAAGAAAGCUAUUUUGGAGCAUUAUAACAUCAACACAGAGAGAUGUAGAAGAAAGUUCAGGAGUCAUGUUUGGACAAGAGAUCAAGACCCAACUGAUUGGAUAGCUAGAGGAGUCAAACUGGUGAAGAGAUGGUUAGUACCAGAGAAUGGAAUGGAACAGGUAGUUAACAAGAUUGCAGUAGAGCAGCUUUUAUAUGGGUUACCACAAGAGAUGAGAAUCUGGGUAACUUCUCAGAACCCAGAGACACCAGAGAAAGUUGGAGAGCUUAUUGAAUCUUAUGAUACAGCUCAUAGUUGUUUACCACAGAGGAAUAGACCAAAGCAGGAUCAUGGUCGAUCAAAGGAGUUCCCAAGGAAGACUGAAGGAUCUACUGGAAACAAGAAGGAGAGAAAGUCACCUUCAGAGAUUACCUGUUACAAGUGUAAUCGCAAGGGGCAUAUAGCAAGAAAUUGUACGGAGAAAACUCUACGAGCAAAAGAGAAUGCAGAGGAAGUCAUUUGUUGGUUUUUGAGCUCAGUUGAGUUUCGUGUUGAUUAA